CAAUUGAUAAGAUUUCGUUCUGACAGGGACUGCCUCCGGAUUAUAUGCUGUCGAGUUAUUUUUGGAUGCCAGGUUCAUAUACGAUUCUAGUUGAAGUCGGUAACUUAAAUAAAAGUUCUAAUUGGAAUCAAUAUUCUAUACAGUAAAUGAGUUUUGGAGUUAUAUAUAUAAAUAAGCAGAGUUUUUGAGAUCUCUGUCAGUAAAAUUAGCUUUUAGGGCUUGUAGAAGGGAAUAGAGAUUUGUUUGAUAAUUGGCAAAUAGUCGAUUGCAUUUUCUUGUUUGUGUUACCGGCUGAGGAUCCUCAAACCUCGCAGAAGAAAGAAGAAAAAGAAGAAUCAUGGAACAAGAUAAGUUGGAUUACGUACUGGUUCCAUUGGGACUGCUGCUGCUUUCUCUCUAUCAUCUAUGGCUUCUUUGUACCAUUAUCAAGCAUCCUACAAGGACUGUCAUCGGCUUAAAUGCCCAGUCUCGUCACCAAUGGGUUGUCUCCAUGAUGAUCCGUUGAAAAAUGGUGUUCUAGCAGUACAAACAAUACGCAACAACAUAAUGGCGUCGACACUUUUGGCCACGAUAGCAAUCACUCUCAGUUCACUGAUUAGUGUUUUCGUUAGCAGCAGCUCAGACUCUGGCAACACAAGUUCCGAAAUAGUUUUUGGGAACAAGACUCGCCUACUGUCUUCCAUCAAGUAUUUUUCCAUCUUGUUGUGUUUCCUUGUUGCUUUUCUUUGCAAUGUGCAGUCUAUUAGAUACUACGCCCAUGUAAGCUUCUUGGUCACGCUCUCUUCACCCAUAGACAACAUGGAGACUGUUGAGUAUGUUGCAAGAAACUUAAACAGAGGAAGUUAUUUCUGGUCACUUGGACUGCGAGCCUUCUACUUAUCCUUCUCUCUAUUGCUAUGGAUCUUUGGGCCUAUACCCAUGUUUCUUUGCAGCUGCAUGAUGUCUUUCCUUCUCUAUUUCUUGGACACAACAAGCAGUUUCACACGUCAACUUCAUCGCCACUCGUUCAAUGAGAAUUCGUUGAAAGCUGAUGAUCUCGAAUCUAUUAGUCUAUUAUCGGAGAAAUAUUCUGUAGAAGAAAUGAACUUUCAUUGCCCUCUACUACAUGCUGCCUCCAAUUCUUCCACAACCUCAAAUCACUGCUAACUCCAAGAUUUAAUGGUAAUUCUACUCCCAACAUUUUUAGGUAAAAUAUGAGAUAUUUUAAAAUUUCAAAAAAGAAGAAGAAGAAGAAUAUUAGGAUAACUAUUUAUUUUAUUAGAAGAUAUGAAUGUUUUUAUUUUAACUUUGGCAUUUUUAUUUAUUUAUGUUGACUUUUCCCAGACAGUUUAAGUUGUGUAUUAUCUUAAAUGUACACAUACAACUUAUUGAUGUAAGAAGGGUUUGAGAAUAUAAUGCAAUCAAUGGUGAAUAAAAUUAUAGAUUAAAAAUUUGAAGGUUAAAAGCUUUAAGUCAUCA